AUGUUCAAGAAAGGAGGCCCCCACGCGGCGGCCAGAGAUCGUGACCACGACGGCGAGCGCGGAGCGCGGUUCCUGCACAGUCAGCAGGUGAACGGCGCUGGUGGCGGUCUACGACGAGGUCGCCGGCCGGCGCACAACGUCCCGGGCUCCGUCUCCGUCGAGGGCUGCUACUUCCGAGACGUCGGCCAGCUCUACUGUUCGUGCGGCAGCACGUCGUGCACCAUGCCCCCCAAGACCGUCAGCAAGAUGACCCUCGUGACCGUGAAUAAGAUCGGCGGCGAGCCGACCAAGCCCAAGGACAAGAAGGUGGACGGGUGCACGUGGUUGCAGGCUCCACGUCGGCAAGCUCAAAAGCGGGGCGUUGGUCUGUCAGGCUCAUCCAGCGAGGAGUCCACCAGCGCAGGUGAAAUGGGCGGACCCCUGCUGGGUCCUCCAUGCGCGUCGCUGGCCCGGACGAGAUGGAAGUCAAGGCCACCGCGGUCGUGA